AUGUUCUGUGCCAGAUCUUGGACUGGGAGGCUUUGCCGUCCUCAGGCUCCACGCUUCCCUGCAAAACAUGCCACGAUCUACCGGCCAUCAUCAACGUCCUCACAUCCACCUACACAGCCAAGAUACUCUCACACACGCCGCCGUAUCCUCUUCCUCCUCCUCGGCACCACCACCUUCCUCCUCUUCGCGACCCCCGCCAAACCGCCGACUCUCAACGAAACAACAUUCGUCCCCUACACCAUCACCUCACGCACCUCUCUGUCCCCAGCGUCCUUCAUCCUGACACUGGUCCCCCAGACACCCAACCCGGAGCCCAUGUAUCUGCUCCCCGGCACCAAUCGCUGGCGCCACCCGCUCUGGAGCGUCGAGUUCAAGCAGCCCGAGGUGCAGAUCUCGCGGCACUACACCCCUCUCCCGCCGCAAUCCAAGGACGGCGACGACAUGUUGGACGGCGCCGAAAGCGAGCGCAACGGCGCUCUGCGGUUCUACAUCAGGGCUCAUUCCGAUGGUGAGAUGUCGCACUACCUGCAGCGUCUUCGUCCACAUGACACGGUGCAGCUGCGAGGGCCGCACAUUGGCUUCGACCUGGUGAAACGGCUUGGCGCCAGUAAGAACAUUGUCUUCCUCGCGGGUGGCACUGGUCUUGUGCCGGGCAUGCAGGCCGCAAGGGUGGCGCUGGACGGCUACGAGGAUACCAACGUCUCCCUCCUCUGGGCCGUCCGCUCGCGCAAGGAUAUACAGAGUACGCCACCACCAGAGGUCAGCAACGGCUGGUGGGGGAGCAGCGGGCCUGCGGAAAUACAAGCAGCAGAAGGCUUGUCACCGGUGGCGAGACAGCUCGCCGACAUGAAAGCCCAGUACGGGAAGCGCCUGAGUGUCCAGGUGGUCGUGGACGAAGAGGGAUCGAGCUUCCAGCCAGUCCAUUUGCAAAAGGCCCUGCUCGACAUUGGACAGGAUGACAAGCUCGUGUCCAAUCCGGGAUCUGGAUGCGCGUUGCAUGAUCAGGAGUUGAGCGAGCAGGCAAGUGAAUUCGAGGGAGAUGCAGGGCCGAAUUGUGCCUGCUUGCCUGUCGAGGGCACGCUUCCCGGAAAAAACCUGUUCAUCAUCUCCGGACCAGGUGGCUUCGUCAAACACUACGCUGGUGACAAGGUGUGGCAAGGAGGCCGGCAGACGCAAGGACCAGUUGGGGGGGUAGCCGCGCAGCUGCAGAAGAAGAACCCCCAACUGGCCAAAGAAUGGCUCGUGCUUAAACUGUAA